AUGUUGGACCGGCUUGGCUGUAUGAAUCUCAAUCCCACGCCGCGCACGGGCCAUCCGAACCUCCCCACACGAUUCUGCAAGAUUGUGGCCAGGCACGCGCAUCUUUCUUCCACCUUGCACCUUCACUACCUACAUCUUCACCCUCUUGAUCCCCAAGACCCCGGACCCCCUUCCACCCCGCCGAACUCCAGAUCCGACCCGCCUACUCGUCCCACCAGCGAACAUGCUUCGGAGAGAUGUGACGCAGGCGUCUCGGCAUCUCCUUCGCUAGACAAUGAAGAAGAUGGCACCCAAACUACGCCCAAGGCGUCGGCAUCGGGUGCACCGCCCUCGGUUCUUGCGGUUCCUACGCUGAAUCUAGUUGGUGACUCAAGCGACAAUAGCACUGCCGCCGUCGCGACAGGCUCACCAGCCCAGAAUAGCAUGAACGGGUCAACACAGAAGGCCUCAUAUACUGGGAAAUCUAAUGCGAUACCAGAGGCCAAAGCGCAGCCCCCAUCCUUCGCGGUGCCGUCGUCGCCACAACGGCCUACACCCUCCAGCACCAUCGCCGCCAGCACACCCUCCUUAAUGCCUCCUCCCCCGCUCCCUCCGCACCCCCCAUCUGCCGCCGCAGGCCUCCGCGUUCCACCAACUGCCAGCGGUCUCAGCAGCAGCACCCUCGCCCCAACCACAGUCAGGAAACAAGCGUCGCGCAAAGUUGUCCUCGAACCGGGGUACUCGCCGCUAGACUGGGCUGCGCGCGCUGCCAAUCCGAAAAACCAGCUCCGCGGCGCGGGUCUGCCCGCGGGUCUUCUGCGCGUGACGCCGUCCAUGCUGAAAACCCAGAACGGGCGCAAGGGCCGCGACCCCUGGACGUCGUAUCAGGGCAAGGUGUACAACAUCUCGCCGUAUGCGCCCUACCAUCCCGGCGGGAAGGGGGAGCUGCUGCGGGGCGCGGGGAAGGACUCGGCGCAGUUGUUUGCGGAGAUUCAUCCGUGGGUGAACUGGGAAGGGAUUCUGGGGGAGUGCCUGGUAGGUAUUUUGGUUUCGGAGAAUGAUGUCCAGGCGGAGAAUAGCUUGGAUGCAAUGGACUGA